UUACGAAAGUAGUAUAUAAAUCAUGGUUUCCUCAAGUUAAAUCCCUUUCAAAAUGAGUGGUGCGACGGCUUACCGUAACCCGGGCCUACAACCUUUGCGAUUGUGAUAUUUUGACCACACGAUCACACGAGCAAAUGUGAAACCUUUAAACCAAAUGCCGAUAAUUAUUUUGACACUAUUCAUGCGUACGCCACAAUUGCAAAUGCAUUUAGUGUUCAACGAUUUGUAUUUUUCGCGAGUGCUAUGUCAUUCUAAUGUUGUAGCGGAUGGAUGGUGGAACAAACGGAAUAAAAGCAGGCAAAAAUGUAAUUGUGAUACUUUCUUCUGAGUCUGAUGAUGAUAUAAUCUGUUUUGAAUAAACUUUAAGACUUGGUCAUACUGGCUAUUCAUUCGGACAGACGAAGCGGAGAACCGACACUGAAUUCCCUUUCAUCAUGUGUUUUUUGUCGGGCCCAUUCAAAGUUACGCGGUAAGCUCAAAAUCAGUGUAACACGAAAAAAUAUCGCCGCGACGAAAAUCCGUCUCUCUUAAUUUGCACUUCACACGAGCCGAGCAUUAGAUCCCGGGCGUUUAUAUACAGGGCCGAAAAAAUGGGUUCCUUUUUGGGCCAUGUUGCUAAUGGUAUGUUCUUCAUGGGGUAUGCAAUAAUAUGGAUGGUACAUCAUGCCUAUCUAAUUCAGACGUCUUCUGGUCGUCUGUUACGUCAUGACCCAUCGGCAAAGUCCAAACGUAGGCCAAUACAACGUCUACCAAUCAUUGGAAUGAUAGUAAUGCUACUUUGCAGUGUUGGACUCAUCAUUGGCGAAAAUGUACAUCCUGUCAUGAAGUGGCGAUUUGUCAACGAAACUGGAGUUUGGAUAAACGGCAUAGUAUGGCAACAUUGCACAAUGGCCCUGUUCUUUGGUUUAUAUUCUGUUGUGAACCUCUUAAAGCACACAUGCCUCCCCUCCGCCGCUAAGUAUGAAAUGCUCUUCGCAGCCCUGGCAUUUUUUGUCGAAGGAUUCGUUUUUUUAUUACACACUAUCUUGAUAAAAGAACAUUCCACACUGUCCCACAUCGUUCAUUAUCUUCUACAGAUUCCUAUAUGGAUCAGCUUCUUUGUGUCAUUGAGUGAAGCAUUCGUUAAGAAUCAUCAUCUUAAACUCGCUUACAUUCGGACAGUAUGCACUCUUCAGCAAGGAACUUGGUUUGUGCAAAUGGCCUUCAUCCUUUACAUCAACCAGUGGGGUGAUGGCGAAAGUGAUCACGUAUAUUCUACCCUAUUCUUUUCAUGGCAUAUAUUCAUGAACCUCAUCAUUCUCAUCAUCGUCUACAACGUCACUGCUCUGAUCGUCCGUCGGUGCUAUUCAUCGACGUUAGGAAAUGAUUCCGUCUAUACACAAUUGAUUCAGUCUGAAGAACAAGAUGAAAAAAUUGGAUUAGACAUCAUCGAAGAACGAGGAUCAUGAUUCUAAAAAUGAUCUGAAUAUCCCUCUUUUUUGAUUAACCUGAAUGAUUAUAUCCUCGUUGGGUUCAGCAUGUAAAGUUUGGAUUUGCACCAAGCAUUGGUGUCGGAGCAAAGUGACAUUUUGAUGACUAUCUCUGAACAGUUGCAGUUCGAAAUGAAGAAGUCUGUACCUUAAAAACAUUAUUUUUCGUCAUACUCGUAUUAUGAUUUGUUCGAAAAUUGAUCAAAUGGACUAAUUUGGCAUGAAUACCAUAGACUAUAUCCAGAAAUUAGUUCAUAUACACGGACGCAUGAUACACGAUGAAGAGGUCGAUACAAAUAUUUUCUCUAUGUUCUAGUCGUGUUCUCGUUUUUAGUGUUGUAGGGUAAAUUAUAAAGAACGAUUCUCUGGCUGAAGUUGGGUUUAUAUUUAAAUCUACAAUCAGCUGGUUUAUUUAUAAGAUAUUGUAAUACUACUUGGACGGAGCCCGUUUAGUCCACUAUCAAUUUUGAUAUAAUAUUGCAGUUAGUAUAAUCCCAAUCAGUCUAAUGUAUAUGGAUUUCCAACUUGUUCUUGUUAUCUUUUUUUAAAUAAUUUUUUUAAAUGAAAUUUGGAUCAAUAUUAAUCUAUUGGUUUAUAAGUGCUACUCGACCAAAUGUAUGUUAUGCGAAGUGGGUAUAAAACCAACAUGG